AUGGUUUCUACCAGAGAGCAUGAGUUCAACUUUCGAAAUUUCCUGAUAUGCUGGGCCGUAUCAUUGGGGCAGCUUGGCUUCGGGUAUCCCUCGUCUAUCAUCGGUCCAGUGCUCGGUGAGCCCUCCUUUCUGCAAGCCAUGAGUCUCGUGGAUUCAUCUGGCAUACCCUCCGCGAGACAAAACCAACUUAUUGGUGCAAUCAAUGGCGUUUUUCAGGCUGGCGGUUUCAUUGGCAUUCUCAUGACUAGUUGGAUACUAGACAAAUACGGUCGCAAAAUCACUUCCAUCUACUGUGCUCUUUUAGGCUUACUAGGUGGGAGUAUUCUCUGUGGUUCUAGAGAUGUUACCAUGUUCAUUAUCGGGCGUUUCUUCGCCGGAGCGGGAGCCUGGGGUUUCUUGGCAUGCAUUGACCGGGUAGCUCCAAUUUACACAUCCGAGUUGAGCCCUGCCAACCUCCGGGGAUUUUUCGUUGGCAUGAACGGAGUCAACGUGGCUGUAGGCUACUCCUUGGCCUCGUACAUGGGUAUGGCUUUUUUCUAUGCGAAAGAACCAGCCUUACAGUGGCGAGGACCACUUGGAAUCGCCCUUGUGUGGCCAGGUUUGACUCUUGUCAUCCUCAUGUUUGUACCCGAGUCUCCACGCUGGCUUCUGAUGAAAGGUCGUGUCGACGAAGCACGCGACGUCAUUCUCAAACUGCACACGUCCAAAGACGACCCAGAACAGGUAUCCGCAUACGAGGAAUUCAACCAAAUGCAAGCACAGUCCAACUUGGAAAAGACGCUCGAUUCAUCGUGGCGGGUGUUGAUUCAGCGUCGCUCAUACCGCAAGCGUCUCCUCAUUGCUUCAGGCUUCGGAUUUAUUGGACAAAGCACUGCAGUUCUCGUCAUUAAUAAUUAUGGACCAACAAUCUACAAAAGCCUCGGUUUUGACACAAAGGACCAGCUCGCUCUUCAAUGCGGAUCCAACACCACUGCUGCAGUGUUCAACUUUCUAGGUGCUGCCGUGAUGGAUCGCUUUGGCCGACGGCCCCUUAUUCUUAUUAGCUUGCUCGGAUGCGCUGUGGCUUUGGCCAUCGAAACAGCUAUGGUUGCCUUGUACGCAGAGGCAGGCACGAAUAAAGCCGGGUUAUCCGCUGGCGUGUUUGCGCUCUAUCUCUUUCCAGCGGUGUAUGCUAUGGGCAUUGAUGUUGCUGGCUACACCUUUUUCAGCGAAUUGUUCCCGAAUCAUAUCCGGGCAAAAGGUGUCUGCGUGGUCAUUGCCGUGAUUGCUUUGACAGACCUCAUCUACCUCGAAGUUAGCGCAACCGCUUUUGCUGACAUUGGCUGGAAAUACUAUCUUGUGUUCAUUAUUGUCACUGUUUUGGGCACUAUAGUCAUGUACUUUACCCUGCCUGAAACAAAGGGUAUUCCACUUGAAGACAUGGCAAAGGUCUUCGGUGAUAAUGAUGAGGUUAUCUUGGAUGGAGAAGCCAUACAUGAUAGUAAAUUAAGCCCACUGGCUGCAAACAGUAGCAAGAGUAAGGAGACUGAAGUGAGAGGAGAAGAAUAG